CCCUAUAUAUAUGGUAUUAUGGUGUGUGGAUUCAACGCUGCAAUAUCCCCCCUUCACCACAAGAAAUGGACACAAUCAGCUGCAUCUUGCUAUUUCUCCUUACCAUCACCUUUAUACUGUUUCUUGCCAAUACAAUCUUGAAACCAAACCACAAGAAGAAGAAGCUUCCACUUCCCCCAGGACCAAAGGGUCUUCCCAUAGUUGGGAACCUCUUCCAACUUGGCCACAAACCCCAUCAAACCUUGGCCACUCUCUCCAAAACCCAUGGCCCCAUCAUGACCCUCAAACUUGGCCAAAUCACUACCAUAGUCAUGUCCUCCUCCGAAACUGCCAAAUCAACGCUCCAAAUCCACGACAAUUUCUUAUCCAACAGAAAGAUCCCCGAUGCCAUGAAAGGCUAUAACCAAGACCGUUACAGCUUACCCUUCAUCCCCGUCUCGCACCGUUGGAGAGACCUCCGGAGAAUCUGCAACAAUCUAUUAUUCUCCAACAAGAAUCUCAAUGCUAAUGAACAAUUAAGAUGCGACAAGAUUUUAGAGCUCUUCAAUGACAUCAAGAAAAGCAUGUUGAAAGGUGAGGCCGUUAAUGUUGGAAGGCUGGCUUUCAAGACCACCAUAAACUUGCUUUCAAACACGAUUUACUCAGUGGAUUUGAUUCGCUCUGCGGAUAAAGCUGGGGAGUUUAAGGAGGUGAUUGUGAGUAUCAUGAAGGAGGUUGGGAGGCCCAACUUGGCUGAUUGUUUUCCGGUGUUGAAGGUGGUUGAUCCUCAUGGGAUAAGGAGGCGCACAGGGAGUUACUUUGAGAGGUUGAUGAAAAUUUUCAAGGGAUUGGUGGAGGAAAGGUUGAAGCAGAGGAAAGAGAGUGGUUACAACACCAAAAAUGACAUGUUGGAUGCCAUGCUCGACAAUGCUCAACAUAACGGUUCAGAGAUGUACAAAGAUAAGAUUGAGCGUUUAUCAGUGGACCUAUUUGUGGCAGGAACCGACACAGUUACAUCUACAGUAGAAUGGACAAUGGCCGAGUUACUACGUAACCCAGAAGUUAUGUCAAAAGCAAAAUCAGAGUUGGAGAAAACUAUUGGCAAAGGCAAGCUAGUUGAAGAAUCACACAUUGAGAGACUCCCUUACUUGCAAGCAAUUGUUAAAGAGAUUUUUCGGUUGCACCCAGCAGUCCCACUUUUACUCCCUCGACAAGCCGAAGUAGAUUUAGAUAUGCACGGUUAUACGAUCCCGAAAGGUUCACAAGUUCUGGUUAAUGUAUGGGCUAAUGGGAGAGAUCCAAAUUUAUGGGAUAAUCCAAAUUUGUUUUCACCAGAGAGAUUCUUGGGGUCAGAAAUUGACUUUAAGGGUAGAAGUUUUGAGUUGACACCAUUUGGCGCUGGGAGAAGAAUAUGUCCUGGCUUACCAUUGGCAAUAAGACUGUUGUUCUUGAUGUUGGGUUUGCUUAUCAAUUGCUUCAAUUGGGAGCUUGAAGGUGGAAUCAAACCAGAGGAUAUGGAUAUGGAUGAAACAUUUGGACUUACCUUAGAAAAGACUCAACCAGUCCUGGCGGUUCCAACCAAAACAACUAAUUGAAUAAACAGUUUGUGAGUCUCUAAAUACCACUUUGUUUCAUUGAUUCCAAAUUGUGCAGAUUGUUGCCACCCAUCACUCUGUUGUAGGGAUGACACUUUUGCCCAAAUUCAUGGGUACCCGCAUGAACCCGAUCCGAUUUGAAGGACAAAACUCGAGUUGACUGGAUUUGAGUUUUGCCCGUUAUUAUAGCAGUUUAUGGGUUUGAGUUUGGUAUUAGUUAAAUCCGUGCCCAUACCCGCCCGAACCCAAACCCAAAGAUAUCCGAAACAUAAAAUUACAAAAAACCCAUCAUACAUAUAUAUUUAUAAACUUUGUUCUUAGUAUUUGAUGAUUAAUUGUACUUUUAUAUGUUUGAGAAAUAAACUCUAAACUAUUGUUGUCUCA